UUGAAAUUCGAUGAUAUCCCACUUAUUUACUUCGCGAUGUCCAAACGAAAGCCUUUAUCAGCGGAGGAAAAACGUAUUAAACUUCUGGAAUUAUUUCAUGAGACCGGCGAUGUUUAUCAAUUAAAAGAUUUGGAACGUUUGGCCACCCAAGAAAAAGGCAUUGUCAUGCAAGCGGUGAAAACUACUUUGCAAGAACUAGUAGACGAAGGCCAGGUGCAGUGUGAAAAAAUUGCAGGCAGUUUAUAUUAUUGGUCUUUUCCAAGUGAAACUUUGCUUAAACUACAAAGAGAACUGUCGCAACUAGAGUUGAGAACUUCCAAAAUACAAGAACGUAUUGCCACAGCCCAGUCAGAAGUUCAAAAAUUCAGUGAUGGUUUGGAUGAUAAGAUCUCUAUAGAAUCAUUGUCUAAGGAAAUCGAAGUUUUGCGUGAAGAAAGAGAAAUGUUGGCUAAGCAGGAAGCCAAAUACAGCAAUGAGGUUAAUUAUGAAGAAAUAAAUGAAAAGAACAAUGACGCAAAGAAAAUUCUCGACGCUGCCAAUCGUUGGACGGACAAUAUAUUCAUGAUCAAGACAUGGUGCAAGCGUAAUUUUGACAAAGAGGACCGAGAAUUGAAUAAGGCCUUUGGCAUACCCGAGGAUUUGGACUACAUGACAAAUUGACACUGGACAAGAACAACAAUUAGUAUGUCCUGUCACUUUGAAAAUACACAUUUACAUACCAUUCAACAAGAACUCCUUUCAUAACAUUCACCAUGAUGUUGUCAAUAAAUACAUUACAGACACCAACGAAUAA